CUUUGCACACGUUCUCCUCGUGAUCUGUGACAGGGACAGCGGCGCGCCUGAAAUUCUGUCACCGCUGACGUGUAUGGGGCAUUUUUAUUCAGGUGUGAUAGAGUAGGGAUUUGAGGUUUACCACAAGACCAUGAGAAUAAAUGAGAACACAUUACUGGAAGGAAAGUUAGCAGUGCUGGUGCCGUACAACCCAGAACAUGUUCCAAGGUAUCACAAGUGGAUGAAAUCAGAGGAGCUUCAGAAACUGACUGCAUCCGAGCCUUUGACACUGGAGCAAGAGUAUAAUAUGCAGCGUAGUUGGAGAGAAGAUUCUGACAAAUGUACAUUUAUUGUUCUGGAUAAGCAGAAGUGGAAUGACCCUGCAUUUUCAGAAGAGGAUGCCAUGGUUGGAGAUGUGAAUUUGUUUCUAACAGACCCUUGUAAUUCCAAGCUUGCAGAGAUUGAAGUCAUGAUUGCUGAGCCCAGUUACCGAGGAAGAGGUUUUGGAAAGGAAGUGACCCUUAUGAUGCUGUAUUAUGGCAUAACCAAGCUAGAGAUUACCAAAUUUGAAGCAAAAAUUGGAUUACAAAAUGCUGUCAGCAUUUCUAUGUUCCAAGCAUUUCACUUUGUACAGGUUUCUGUCAGUGAAGUGUUUCAAGAGAUGACUCUACAGGUGUUAGUAAAUGAAGAGCGAAGACAAUGGUUUUCGGCAAAAGCAGACUUCAUGAAAGAAAAAGACUACAGAAAAACCCAACAGCAGAGUAGGGAGACUGGAAGCUAGGGUCCACUUAAACAUCCUGUUUGCUAACCAACGAGGUAGUGCGUGGAAUUUUGUUCCCAUGGAAACAGUUUGUUUGUAGUCUUGUGUUUUCGCAUUUCUCAAUUUCAGAAUAGUAUUCUGAAGGCUGAGUUCAACAGUUCUACUUUAUACAGUAUUAGUCACUUCAAAUUUGUAUUUAAUCAGUGCUUUAUCUGUAUGAGGAUUAUUUAGGAUCACCUUGUACAGUUUCUCAUGACCUACUACCUCACACCUCAAGCAGUCAUCUUCUGGGGCACAGUUUUUCUUCUUGAUCUGUCUUUCAGUAGUUUUCCUUUAAUUUGGCAUGGCUACUUGUCUAGAGGCUCCGAUCAAGAGGACUGGUUAUUUUUACCUCAGAAGAGACAACAGAGGUACACAUGGAAGACAGGUGUCUUUGGUCUGUGAUAUUCCAUUUAUUAUUUUUAUUACAAACAAAAACAUGCAGUAAUUCUCUUCCACUCUACUGUUGUUUGUCUUCAUGUACAGCCUCAUAUCAUCAGUAAAUGGUACAUUACCUUUAAGAGUACUUACCCUCUCUCAUUAGACAAGUUGAAUGUACUUUGCCAUAUAUUUGAAUUCUCUGACUCUAAAUUCCAAAAAAGAAUGUUCUCUGUAUCUGCAUUUGUUCAGCUAGAUACGUACCUCUCUUUCCUGAAGCCACUUCUUAGGCAUGAAGUGACAGUCAUGCAUUCUUUUUACAGCAGACAUCAUGCAGAAAAAGAACAUUACUGCUGUUAAACUGUGCUUUUUAUUACAAUUUUUAUUGUCUACAUGUGUAGUGAGUAUAAAUUAUGACUGAAAUGAUAUGUAAAAUGUUUCUGAAAAAGAGUAUCAUAAUACUGAUGGCAAACGGUUGUGCAACAAGAAUGACAUCAAAGUAA